CAGCAUGCCUGCAAGCCUGCUUGACUUUCUUUCCUGAUCCUCUGCUGAUUGGCUCAAUUCAUUUCUGCCGUUCCGCUUCCUGCUGCGAAGAGAAAGCCGAACAAACACAACCUGUCUGACACUUCCUAGGAAGGGUAGGAAUCUGACUGUCGGGAGAUCACUUAUGAAGGGGAUUUCUCUAUGAUCCUGCAACAGCCCGUCGUAAUUGAAUUAACACAAACAGCAUCAAAUCAUGGCAGAUCCCAACAAACCACAGAGAAAGAUGUCCACGACGGGUGAAACCCUGUACAAGACUUUAGGACUUGAGAAAGGGGCAUCGGCAGAAGAAAUCAAAAAAGCUUACAGAAAACUUGCUCUGAAGUAUCAUCCUGACAAAAACCCAGAUAACCCAGAAGCAGCAGACAAGUUCAAAGACAUAAACAACGCCAACGCGAUCCUUAAUGAUGACACCAAAAGGAAAAUCUACGAUGAAUACGGUUCUAUGGGACUGUAUGUGUCUGACCAGUUUGGAGAGGAGAGUGUAAAAUAUUACUUCUUGAUGUCCAAAUGGUGGUUUAAGGGUCUGGUUUUCUGCUGUGGUCUUUUCACUUGCUGCUGUUGCUGCUGCUGUUGCUGUUUCUGCUGUGGAAAAUGCAAACCACCAGUAGAGGAUGAAAACUACCAGUAUGUGGACCCAGAGGACCUAGAGGCACAGAUCAAAGCAGAACAAGAAGCAGGUGACCAUGUUAUAAUUAUACAGCCUGCCCCUAGUCCAGAUCCAGAAAACUCAGGUGAAACUCCGCAGCAGUCAAAGUGACUCGAUCCAAGUGACAGUUCGGAAGAGCUGCUUCGGAACAAGGGAGCUUCUAGAAUCCCUAUCGUGAUCCAGCCACAGGCUGCUACCAGCACUUCGGAGUUCAGCCAGCUUUCUAUGGACCAGAAAGCCUCCUAUAAAACUGAUAAGUAGCAAAGCAAAGCCACACAGUUCUGAGGACAUCAUCAACGGGUUUAAAAUCUAGCUCACCGUUGCCAAUAUUUAUUUUUAGAAUUGUAUAUGUCAAGACUACCAUGACGUGAUAUCUAUGUAUGCUGGAUUAAGUGAAUUACUGUGUAAAAUUUGCCAAAACAAUGCUAAAGGAAAUGAAUGUGCUUGUGCUACUUGCUGUGCCACACAAACACCUGUAUGUGUUGUACUAUGCAUGGAUGUUUUCUAGUCCUAAGAUUACAAAUAGAUUGGUACCACAGUUCUUACAAGCCUGGAGUGGUGAUUUGUAAUAUUGCAAGUACAGGGUGGUUAUACUUUGUGCUUCUCCUGUGGAAAACCAUUCUGAACUGAAUUGACUCGUCUGCAUGUUGAUUUUAUCUCAAAAAUAGACAAUGUUCUUGAGAGGAACUGUGGCCAUAUUAAAUCAAUAGUAUAUUGCAAUAGGCAUUGGCUACAGUCUUUUUGCUCUUCAGGGAGUGUUUUUUUUUUUUUUUGUAUAAAGUGGUUGAGUGAUUUUAUAUUGAGGUGCACAGCAGUGGUUCAUCUAGCCCAGAUAUUACACUUUACUUAACCAACUAAAACUCUAGAUCUUAGUUAUUUAGUAAUUAUUUAAUGACGCCUAUAAAACCUGCAGAGUCACCACUUUAUAACCACCCUGUAUUUUGGGGCUAGUGUCAUCCUGAUUGUAUUGCAUGGAUUGCAGGAUAUUACCAUGUGAUAUAUUCAUGUACCUGUUUAAAUUGCCCUUGACAUGUGUACUUGAUGCUGUAUAAUAAGAAGUCUUGCCGUGUACAGUAUGCAGCCCCUGGACCAUCGCUCUUUAUAGAGUGGAGAUGUUGUCUGGAGUAGAUGGUGUACAGAAAUGGUAGCACAUGCAUGCCACUGUGAUGUCACAACCUCCACCCGCUUGCUCCUGCAUUCUGUUCACUUGAUAGUAACCAAAUAGGACUAUUAGGGUCUUUUAUUGAGAUGUUUAGUGAAACCAGCACCAUAAGGCAACAUCCCAAACUAACUAGACACAUUCAUAUCUGCCCUCACCAUGAGAACUAAGCAUGUGUCCCACUUCAAAACAUUUAUAGUCAUACAGACUCCUAAAGAUUUACUGGUAUGAUUGUAUUAUUUUUUUUUGGCUUGGUAGCUUAUUGGUAAAAUGUUUUCUAUCAGAGCUAUUUCUAAAGAGGGUUUGGAGUUUGUUCUCAGUGUUUCAAACAUCAGAGAAUUUUUUUUUUUCCAAACACUCUUCAACAUGCUUUAUAAAAGUGUAAAAUUUGUGACGGUCCAGAAAGAUAUUUUCUGUUCGUUCUGAACAAGCAAAGGCUUAAGUACACGUAAGGUAACCGGGAGCAAGCAGCUAUGUUACCUAGACAGCAAAAAAAAAAAAGAAUUGCUUUGCCAAAUGUUGCUUUCUGUGCUCCUAGAUGAUUCCUACCACAUAAGUUUACUGGUGUUCAGAACAUGUGGCUUUGCUGACAUUGCACCACCACACUUUUGCGUUCACAAAACCUUUUUUUUUUGUUUCUGCUCUUGCAUAAAAUAUUGGCUGUUGGAAGAAUAGAAAAAAAUAAUUUUAUUUUUUUAAUGCUAUUAGACUGAAUUAAAGUGCUUGAACCCUUAACACAAAACAUCAUGCAAAGCCUACCAAGCACUGGGUUUCUUGAAUAAUAAGACUCCAGUCAUUGAAUAUGGUAGCUCAUUCCACCCUGGGUUUGUGCUGUUGUUCUAAGACUUUUCUCUGUGAUUACAGCAUCAUUUACAAGUUAUCAUAUGCUGUAGGUUACAAACACAGGCAUUUCAGAGCACCUACCAUGUAUGAUUUUGUAGAUGCAUUUUUUCUUAUCUACACUACAGUUUGCCAGCCAUCAUUUGUUCUUAGUAAGAAGUUCUCAAGUUGUUAAUAAAAAAAUUAAGACAGUUUGUAUUGGUAAACCACAGGUAAAUUGUAUAUACAGUUUACCCUUGCAGUACAAAAAUAAAAUAAAAUAUUGAACUGUUACUAUUAUGUUAUUUGCACAGUUGGAGAGAUUUGGAAUGCCCUUGCACUGUACAGAUACAUUUUCUGUAUGAAGAUUAGGCCUAUGUAUCCUUUUCUCAUCCUCGUCACUUUACCUCCUGCUGGUUUAUCAAUACGCUUUUAAAAACCAUUCAUUCCAAACAUGCAGCUUCUCUUCAUGCUCCAAAUGACUAUUUCCCUAUUGGACUGCCCAACCUCCCCAUAAACACUUUCUAUAGCCACAGACAAAGAAAUUGCACUUUGAUUACCAUCCAAUUCUUUGGAUGGUAAUGAUGAAAACAGCUCACCUGAGAACUCCACUUGCUUUGCAGCAUGCAAACAGCAUCAAUAGUUUUGGCUGUAGAAGACCUGGUGGCUGAGUUGGCUUUGCUUUUGGAUGGUAACUGAAGGGACCUUGGUUAAAGCACUAGUUAGGGUUAUUAAUUAUUGUUGCAUAUAAAAUCUGUUUUAAAAAUACACACUGAAUCUACCCCAAAUCACUGAAUGUAGGUUAACUAAUUUUGUACUGACAAAAAUACCUUCUGAACUAUUUUUUACAAUUGGUGCAUUCAUUGUGCAACAUGAAAUACUUACUAAUAAGAUUAUGUUUUUUGAGGAAAUGGCCACUAUUUUAUACCAGCAAUCUAUAUAUAUCUUUAAAUACUCCAUGAUUAGAAAAUACUGUGUUUCCUCCCUUCCCUUCAUUUAAAAUAAUUGUUUGACAGAUUCUAAUGUGUAUACAAAUGUUUUAUGAAGUGUGUACUUUUUUUUAUUAUUAUUCUGAUGCUUACCAUAAUAAAUAUUUUGUUUUUAAAUGGAUGUAACAUGUUUAUAGACAGUUUUGGAACUUUGACCAUAGCCAAAAUAUAACUAUAGAAAAUAAAGAAAUGUCAUGUUUGUGGUUAAAGAUAUUAACCACAGUUAUGUUGAUAACAAUACUGAGUCAAUAUAUCUUGCCCUAGUCACAAAACGUUGUCAUUAAGGUAAGGUACUGUGAAACCUUUUUUAAAAAGUAAGUGGAUCAUUCUUUGUUAAGGCUGCUGUAAAUGACCAGUGUUUGCUUUUGUUACAAAUUACUGUUUUAUUUUUUGUUCCAAGAUGUUUCUGAUGAAAACUUAGCUGUAAACAUGUAUAUUUGUAAACCAUUAGAUCUAAAUAAUAAUAAAAAGGGGAGUUUAUAUCAA